AUGACAAAACACGCUGUCGGAACUUGGGUGGAAGGCAAGACGAAGGCUACAGCAGAUCUACAAGGAGUCAUCUUGGCGAUCGAUACCAGCAAGGUCAGCCUUGGUACGAUGUCCAAGGGGAUAGCGGAAAGAAGUCAACUCUCGCUGCCCCAGGCAUCCCACCAUCACCCCGAGUCGAUGACGGAGCUUCUUUUGAGCGCAGCCGGGGCUGAUGGAAUCGAUGUAUCGCCCUCCUCUUCUGAGUCCGAAGCCAGCGACGAGGAACAAGAAGCCGAAGAAGACGAGUUGGCCGAUGGGAAUACUGGCAGUGUAGCAGUUGUGUCUGGAAUAUCUGAUGAUGGUAAAGUUCUAGCACACAACCGCUCGUGGGAGUUCUGCUCAAGUGUUCUUGUCGACCCAGCAGCCCUACUUCGCAAGCGAACGACUAGCUUCGCUGGCCAGGAAUGUUGCAGCUCGGCGAAAAAACGUUUAUCAAGUACUUCUUUUUGA